CCUGCGCGGCCCUCGCGCCGGGCCCAGUCAGUCGCACAGCUAUGAGAAGGGGCUGCUGGGACGCUCCUGCUCUCUCCGCCGCCUUCGACGAGCCCGCCGCCUCCCGACUCGGCCCCGCCGCCAGCUCUGGAGCCCCAGGCCGAGCCCGCCCCCUCGGGCCCCCGGAGCUCCCCGCAGGCCAGGAAAGAGGCGGAGAAGGCCAGGCCCCCGCCCCAGGCGCCGAUAGAUGGAGACAGGCCUUGCCGACGAAGGAGCCGAACCGCGAGCGGGAGCCGGCCUGAGGAGAGACCCAGCCGAAGCCCAAGCCGCCCAGAGCCCUGAGGAGGAGAAUGUCCCAGAAAUCUUGGAUAGAAAAUACUUUCACCAAACGGGAAUGUGUGUAUAUUAUACCAAGUUCAAAGGACCCUCACAGAUGCCUUCCAGGAUGUCAAAUUUGUCAGCAACUUGUCAGGUGCUGCUGUGGCCGCUUAGUCCGGCAACAUGCUUGCUUCACUGCAAGUCUUGCCAUGAAAUAUUCAGAUGUGAAACUGGGUGAAAAUUUUAAUCAGGAAAUAGAAGAGUGGUCAGUGGAAAAACAUACCGAACAGAGUUCAACAGAUGCUUAUGGUAUCAUUAACUUUCAAGGAGGUUCUCAUUCCUAUCGAGCCAAGUAUGUCCGAUUGUCUUAUGACACCAAACCUGAAGCCAUCCUACAACUUAUGCUUAAAGAAUGGCAGAUGGAAUUGCCAAAACUUGUCAUUUCUGUUCAUGGAGGGAUGCAGAAAUUUGAGCUUCAUCCACGCAUCAAGCAAUUGCUUGGUAAAGGACUUAUUAAAGCUGCAGUGACAACAGGAGCCUGGAUUAUAACUGGAGGAGUGAAUACAGGAGUUGCAAAACAUGUGGGUGAUGCUCUUAAGGAACAUGCCUCUCGAUCAUCUCGAAAGAUUUGCACUAUUGGAAUUGCUCCGUGGGGAGUGAUUGAAAACAGAAACGAUCUCGUUGGGAGAGAUGUGGUCGCCCCGUAUCAAACCCUUUUAAAUCCUUUAAGUAAACUAAAUGUCCUGAAUAAUCUUCAUUCACAUUUCAUCCUGGUGGAUGAUGGAACAGUUGGUAAAUAUGGAGCUGAAGUAAAGCUGCGACGAGAACUGGAAAAAACAAUCAACCUGCAAAGGAUCCAUGCAAGAAUUGGCCAGGGUGUCCCUGUGGUGGCACUUAUAUUUGAAGGAGGCCCCAAUGUUGUCCUUACAGUUUUGGAAUACCUUCAGGAAAGUCCUCCUGUGCCAGUGGUGGUCUGUGAAGGAACUGGCAGAGCGGCAGACAUCUUGGCUUAUGUAUAUAAGCAAACAGAAGAGGGAGGAAAUAUUCCUGAUGGAGUCGAACCCGAAAUCAUUUCAACCAUCAAAAAGACAUUUAAUUUUGGCCAGAGUGAAGCAAUUCAUUUGUUCCAGACAUUGCUGGAGUGCAUGAAAAAAAGAGAGCUUAUCACCGUAUUCCAUAUUGGGUCUGAUGAACAUCAGGAUAUUGAUGUUGCCAUUCUUACAGCACUACUAAAAGGUACAAAUGCUUCUGCAUUUGACCAGCUUGUCCUUACUCUUGCAUGGGAUAGAGUUGACAUUGCCAAAAAUCACGUUUUUGUUUAUGGACAACAGUGGCUGGUUGGAUCUUUGGAGCAGGCAAUGUUAGAUGCCCUUGUGAUGGACAGAGUUGCCUUUGUGAAACUUCUUAUUGAAAAUGGAGUGAGCAUGCACAAAUUUCUCACAAUCCCGAGACUUGAAGAACUUUAUAACACUAAACAAGGCCCAACAAAUCCAGCAUUAUUCCACCUCGUCCGAGAUGUGAAACAGGGAAACCUUCCUCCUGGAUAUAAACUUACUUUGAUUGAUGUGGGACUUGUUGUCGAGUAUUUGAUGGGAGGAACCUAUAGAUGUACUUACACACGAAAACGCUUUAGAGUGAUAUACAACAGCCUCAGUAGCAGCAAUCGGCGUUCUGGGCGAAAUGCUUCGGGAAGCACCCCUCAGUUGCGUAAAAGCCACGAACCUUUUGGGAAUAGGGUGGAUAAGAAAGAGAAAAUGCGACAUAAUCACUUCAUCAAAACUGCACAGCCUUACAAACCAAAGGCUGAUACUACUAUAGAUGAAGGAAAAAAGAAGAAAACCAAAGAUGACAUCGUAGACAUUGAUGAUCCAGAAACAAGACGCUUUCCUUACCCUCUUAAUGAGUUGUUGCUCUGGGCAGUACUGAUGAAGAGGCAAAAAAUGGCCCUCUUCUUCUGGCAGCAUGGUGAAGAGUCCAUGGCAAAAGCCUUAGUAGCCUGCAAGCUCUAUCGCUCAAUGGCCUAUGAAUCCAAGCAAAGUGACCUUGUUGAUGAUACCUCAGAGGAACUCAAACAGUAUUCCAAUGAAUUUGGACAGCUGGCAGUUGAGCUACUAGAGCAGUCAUUUCGCCAAGAUGAAACUAUGGCUAUGAAGUUGCUGACAUAUGAACUGAAAAACUGGAGUAAUGCCACCUGCCUUAAACUUGCAGUGUCUUCACGUCUUCGCCCUUUUGUAGCUCAUACCUGUACGCAAAUGUUGUUGUCUGACAUGUGGAUGGGAAGACUGAACAUGAGGAAGAAUUCAUGGUACAAGGUGAUACUGAGCAUCUUAGUUCCUCCUACCAUCCUAAUGCUGGAAUACAAAACCAAGGCAGAAAUGUCCCAUAUUCCUCAGUCUCAGGAUGCACAUCAGAUGACAAUGGAAGACAGUGAAAACAACUUCCAAAACAUAGCAGAAGAGAUUCCAAUGGAAGUAUUUAAAGAAGUACGGAUCACGGACAGCAUGGAAGAGAAGCAUGACAUGGAGACAUUGAUAAAACCCAAGAGGCUGCCCAUAACACGGAAAUUUUAUGCCUUCUAUCAUGCGCCGAUAGUAAAGUUCUGGUUUAACACGUUGGCAUACUUAGGAUUCCUGAUGCUUUAUACUUUUGUGGUUUUGGUGAAAAUGGGAGAGCUACCUUCAGUUCAAGAAUGGAUUGUCAUUUCAUACAUUUUCACGUUGGCUGUUGAGAAAAUUCGUGAGAUCUUUAUGUCAGAGGCUGGGAAGAUUAGUCAGAAGAUUAAAGUAUGGUUCAGUGAUUAUUUCAAUGUCAGCGAUACAAUCGCCAUUAUCACCUUCUUCAUUGGUUUUGUACUAAGAUUUGGAGCAAAAGGGGACUUCGAUGAACAAACAUAUGAAAUCAAUUAUGUGUUUGUUGCUGGAAGAUUAAUCUACUGUCUGAAUAUAAUCUUUUGGUAUGUGCGAUUAUUGGAUUUUCUGGCUGUAAACCAACAUGCUGGACCUUAUGUUAUGAUGAUUGGGAAAAUGGUGGCCAACAUGUUCUAUAUUGUAGUUAUUAUGGCACUUGUUUUGCUCAGUUUUGGAGUCCCUAGGAAAGCAAUUCUUUAUCCUAAUGAAGAGCCAUCCUGGAUUCUAGCAAAAGAUAUAGUGUUUCAGCCAUAUUGGAUGAUCUUUGGUGAAGUUUAUGCCUAUGAAAUUGAUGUAUGUGCGAAUAAUACUGAAAUUAAAGGUCUAUGCGUGACAGGAGCAUGGCUGACGCCAUUUCUUCAAUCUGUCUACCUUUUUGUACAAUAUAUUAUCAUGGUCAAUCUUCUCAUCGCCUUUUUCAACAACGUAUACUUACAAGUAAAAGCUAUUUCCAACAUUGUGUGGAAAUACCAGCGUUACCAUUUCGUCAUGGCUUAUCAUGAGAAACCUAUCCUCCCUCCUCCUCUCAUUAUACUGAGCCAUAUGGCAUCUUUGUUCUGUUGUAUAUGCAAGCAAAGAAAGAAGGACAAAACUUCAGAUGGGCCAAAAUUGUUUCUAACUGAAGAAGAUCAAAAGAAACUUCAUGAUUUUGAGGAGUUAUGUGUUGAGAUAUAUUUCAAUGAAAAAGAUGACAAAUUCCAUUGUGGGAGUGAAGAGAGAAUUAGAGUAACUUCUGAACGUGUUGAGCACAUGUGUAUCCAAAUCAAGGAGGUUGGAGACAGAGUCAACUAUAUCAAACGUUCCUUGCAAUCUCUAGAUACCCAAAUAGGCCACUUACAAGACCUAUCAGCCCUGACUGUGGAUACCUUAAAGACAUUAACCGCGCAGAAGGCUUCGGAAGCUAGCAAAGUUCACAAUGAAAUUACACGGGAGUUGAGCAUUUCGAAGCAUUUGACGCAGAACCUUAUUGACGACGGUCCUCUACGUUCUUCCGUGUGGAGAAAGCACAGUAUUGGCAACGUGUUUGGAUCUUCUUUCCCCCAAGGAGGCCUUGAGAGUAAUAAUGCUGUGUUGUGCAACAUUUCUAUGCAAAACGAAAGAGAUUCUGGAUAUAAGAUUAUGGGUCUCCCCAAGGGGGAUGAAUUCAACUUUCCAGGGGCAGGUUCCUCAGGUAGUGCCUUAGUUCCAAGAGCUCUUUCUCCCCCAGAACUUCGUCAAAGAGUACAGGGUACAGACUUAGCAAAAUGCAGUAAUAAAACUAAAAAGACAGGCAAUUCUUUAAACAGCAUGCCACACUUCACAGCGGCGACAACUAAAUUUUUCGUGAGCACUCCUUCUCAGCCAUGUUGUCAAAAUCAGUUAGAGCCUGCCAUAGGGAAUAAUGAAGUUAUAUCCUCAAAGAUUGGUGACGGAGAGAAUGCUGUUGAAUUUGGUGCAUUUGUGGGUCACAGAGACAGUAUGGAGUUGCAACGACACAAAGAGCCUGUGGUUAAAAAUAAAGAAAGAAGUGAUAGUAUUAAGGAGCAACAAGAAGACUUCAGAAAAGCCAUUUUGGAAAGCAUGGAAACAACUAAGAAUCAGGGCAACAGUAAUAAAGAACCUAACCUGAGGCCUGUUAGUUCGUGUGGCAGUUUUCCUGAUGAUCGCGGAAGUUCAUUAGCAGCCCUUUCAGAGCAAAUGCACAAUAAGAGCAGAAGAACUUCAGCUGAAGAAUCUCAGCAGGUAGAUUCCAAGGCAGCCUUACUCAAAGAUUGGUUACCUUCAUACAGCAAUCAAAUGUCUUCUGAGGAAGAUGCCUUGAAUGGUAUUGCUUCUCCUUUUAAACCCAUCAUGGAUACCACCUACUACUAUUCAGCUGUGGAAAGAAAUAAUUUGAUGAGGUUGUCCCAGAGCAUACCAUUCACCCCUGUGCCUCCAAGAGGUGAACCAGUCACUGUGUAUCGUCUCGAAGAGAGCUCUCCUAACAUCUUGAACAACAGCAUGUCUUCCUGGGCUCAGCUAGGCCUCUGUGCCAAAAUCGAAUUCUUGAGUAAGGAGGAGAUGGGAGGGGGCUUGCGGCGGGCCCUCAAGGUGGCCUGUACCUGGUCUGAAUACGACAUCCUAAAAUCAGGCCACCUCUAUAUCAUCAAGUCCUUCCUCCCUGAAGUGGUCAACACAUGGUCAAGUAUUUACAAAGAUGACACAGUAUUACACCUCUGCUUAAGAGAAAUUCAGCAGCAGAGGGCUGCCCAGAAGCUCACGUUUGCCUUCAAUCAAAUGAAACCCAAAUCUAUUCCCUACUCUCCACGGUUCUUAGAAGUCUUUCUCUUAUAUUGCCACUCGGCUGGACAAUGGUUUGCGGUGGAAGAGUGCAUGACGGGAGAGUUUAGAAAAUACAAUAACAACAACGGAGAUGAAAUCAUUCCAACCAACAUGUUAGAAGAGGUCAUGUUAGCCUUCAGCCACUGGACCUAUGAAUACACGCGAGGAGAACUGCUGGUCCUUGAUUUACAAGGUGUUGGAGAAAAUCUGACAGAUCCCUCUGUGAUAAAGGCUGAAGAAAAAAGGUCAAGUGAUAUGGUAUUUGGUCCAGCAAAUCUAGGAGAGGAUGCAAUCAAGAACUUCAGAGCUAAGCACCACUGCAAUUCGUGCUGCAGGAAACUGAAGCUCCCGGAUUUGAAGAGGAAUGACUACACCCCUGAUAAAAUCUUGCUGCCUCAAGACGACUCUCCAGAACUGACCAUUCAGCCUGGGAGCUGCACCAAAGAAUUGGACAGUUCCAGCCAUUUGAUGCUGUGAUGAUACACACCGCUCUCGGGCUUUAACUCAAUGUUUGCCGAAGCCACAGGGUUCUCUCCAUUUUCUCUGUCGUGCAAACUGGCAAAAUGUUUCAUCAAAACAAAACAAAAUGGAGACAGGAAUAAGGACCGCAGGGUUUAGAUGCCUCCGGUGCCGUCAAGUGACCCAUAGCGGAAUGUGGAAAUCGCUUGGGGAGGAGUAGCUGACAGUGAGUGAUUCCUCCCCUUUUAAGGAUUGAAUGGAAUUAAGUAUUUAUGAAAUGGCUUUUUUUAAAAGAAGCAUUUUAGCAGAAGGAAUACCUUUUACCUUUUAUCUUGGUCCAUGGAGGGGGUUUCUCCCCCUUCCUUCUCCUGUAGUGCAAUAUGCCCUAACUGAAUGAUGUGUUUUUGGUCUUGAUGGUUUUUAAGGCAGAUUAUGUUGGGCUUUUUGGCAGCUGGUUUCUGUCAUCUGGCUAGAGAAAUGGGAACGAGGCCCCCUCUCAGUCCCAGAGAUACCGAAGGAUUCUCUCCUCAGGGUGUUGCAGAUAAUGUGCUUUCGGCUUAGCGCCGUGUUUGUUUUUUAUGUGGCUCCGUGGAACUCUCUUGCUCCAUAAGAUCUUUCGUGCCAGUAGGGAGCAGGAAACUAUUUGGUCCCGAUCAAGAAGGAGUGACGGCUUGUCUCCUGCAUCAGGAUUCACCCUCCGACACGUGGAACCCGUUACCGUGGGAUGGAUUGUGCAUCACAAACCCCCUCCCUUUAAAAAGAAAACACCAUACAUUUCAACUUUAUUAAGUCAUGUCAACCAGAGUAAUAAAACCACACAGGUUGGGAGACAGAGGGCCGGUCUCUUCAGAGCAAAAUAGCACAGAAGCUGGUUUCAGAAGAAGUUGCCUUGCAAAAACAAUACAGGGGUUUGGAAAGUGCUAUUUCUCUUUUUGCGCAGUGGCUGCUUCGGAAGUGUUGCCUUCCAAAGAUCUCCUAAAAACCAGUAUAUGAAUGCCGAAUGUACGUGUGAACAUUUUAGGGCCCUUUUAGGUGUUAUUACCCCAGCAGUAUGGAGGCCAUUAUGUAUGGUCAGGUAAGAAGCACCAGGUUACAUGGGAUGAGCCUUUGCACAGGUUCCUUGCUAGGCCAGCAUUGCCUCAGUUUCCAUUGGGACCAAUGAUGGCUUAAUUGGGAGCUGAAGUGCGGACUGCUCCCUCGUGACCAGUGCCUUCUAACACCCUUUUCACUACUGUUAGGGACUGUAACAUCAGAAGGGGACCCUUAGUUGUAUUUACUAUUGUGCGAAAACACCUUUAAUGUUAUAUGUGGAACUUAUUUAAAAGAAUAUAAAAUAAGAGUUGGAUUUACAUUAUGUAACGUACGGGAGAUUGCAAUGCAACUUUAUGCCAAUAACAUGUAAGUUACCUGUCCCAAAUAUGUUGGAAUAUUCAACGAGAUGAACCUGUCAUCCAACCGAAGAUUCAUGCUGCAACUUUUUUUUGUUACAUAGGUACGAAUUGUCAUUUUAAAAUGGAAAGGCACCGUAAAUGCCCGGUAAUUCUUUUUUUAAAAAAUCCGUAGUGUAUCUUAUAGAUACAGACAUUAAGGCACGAACACAGUAGCUGUUUAAAUGGUGGUUUAUUGUCGCUGGGGGGGAAUGAAAAGUAUAGUGUAUUUAAGAUAUUAAAGUGUAUACAUUUUGUAUAUCAAGUCUUUAAACAAUCCCAAAUAAAUUUAUUCUUGUUUAGA